CAACUGUAUGUUAGCCACAUUUCCCAACUCUUAUCACUUCUGUUGUCGAAAUAGAAACGCUCUUCUUCAGGCAAAAUGGAAUCUAGACCUGGCAACUCGAUCUCGCCCUCUCAGCUCGCCGCUAUUUUCAACGAAGCCUUUACAAAUUACAUCGGCACCGAGGUUCAGUUCACCGAGGAAACCAUCACGUUAUGGUGUAAUGGAUAUCUUGUGUCGCUCGAGUUGAGCCACAUUUUCUUCCCGACGCCUGAUUCCAAUGAACCGGUGGCUUUCGGCCUUAUCGCCAUUCGAGAUGACAAGCCCAAGGAGUCACGACUUGCGGCCAUGGGGGUUGUGCCCUCCUACCAUGGGAAAGGAACAGGAACCCAGGUGAUGGAACUGAUCAUCUCGGCAGAGAGGAAGAGGGGCGUCCAUAUUAUUGAGCUGGAGUGUAUCAAGCAGAACGAGCGGGCUCUUCGUCUCUACAAGCGCAUGGGGUUCUCGAUCGAGCAAGAGUUGUAUGGAUGGGAAAAGGACUUGACGAGCGUGAAAGACUCUGUUUCCAAUACUGGUAUAGAGGACUGCACGUUUGAUGAGCUCGAAAAACAGAUCACAAAACAUGCUGCACCUACUUUGCCCUGGCAAGCCUGGGGGUGGGGGGUCAGUCCGCUCGGGCCGACAAAAAGAGUCUUCAAACUAGGGCACGCCUAUUGUGGCAUAUCUCAUCCGGACAAAGACGACGAGAUUACAGUCAAUCUGACGAGCAUCUUUGUGGAACCCGAAUGGAGACGCCAAGGAGAGGCGAGGAGGCUGAUGGAGGCAGUGAUGGCGAAGUUCCCCGGCAAGAAAUGGCGAGCGGGCGUAGUUUUCCCCAAGGAACCAGCUGACAGACUGGCUGCUCACUUUGGCUUCACCCCCAUGGAUUUGAGUCAGUACCAAAUGAGGUUACAGCUGGUCUAAGUAAUAUUGGAUGGAGAGUGAGUUGAACAAGGGUGGGCAUCAUGGCCUAAAAACACCAUCC